GUCCUGCAGCGCGUGGAGGAGAUUGUUCACGGGCGCACGCGGAUUAAACAGUUAUAGGUGGCAUCGGUAUCGGCGUCUUUGAUCUGAUAGUUUCUGUAGACAGAGGACCGGAGGAUGUCUGUGCUGAGCGCACUGCCGCUCAUGAAGCCGCUGCAUCAUGUGCGCUCCCCGGUGCCGCAGGGCCGCCGCCACACGCUGCCGGCCAGCGAGUUUCGCUCCCUCAGCCCGGAGGAUGCCAUCAGCGUGUUCGAGAUAGAGAGAGAAGCCUUCAUCUCAGUGUCCGGAGAGUGCCCUCUCCACCUAGAUGAGGUGCGUCACUUCCUCACGCUGUGCCCUGAGCUCUCUCUCGGCUGGUUCGAAGAGGGGCGUCUGGUGGCGUUCAUCAUCGGCUCUCUGUGGGACCAGGAGAGGCUUACAAUGGAUGCAUUGACACUUCAUAAACCUCAUGGAACUACGGUCCAUAUCCAUGUUCUGGCUGUCCACCGGACCUUCAGGCAGCAGGGGAAAGGCUCUAUUCUGAUGUGGCGGUACCUGCAGUACCUCCGCUGUCACCCAUACGUGCGGCGUGCAGUUCUCAUGUGUGAAGACUUCCUGGUUCCCUUCUACCAGAAGUCAGGAUUCAAGGUGCUGGGCCCCACUGAGAUCACCGUGGGACACCUUAGCUUCACGGAGAUGUUUUACCCGGUCAGGGGCCACGCCUUCAUGCGUCGCAACAGUGGAUGCUGAAGGAAGAGACUUUGUGUAGAUUCCCUCUGUUUAACCCACGUGAGGGUGGGGGGUUCAGACACCCACUGGAGACAGGGAAGGAGACAGUGUUGUUGGCUGCAUGUGAGUGGUGCAGAGAUUUGGCUAAUCUCUGGGCGAAAAAUGUUUAGUGGCCAGUCAAAAGAGUAGCUGCUCUCCAGCUUUCAGCAACUGUUGGACAACAUGUUUACGACUGAAAGCCCAUUAAGGUUUUUGCUGAAGGGUAAGAAAUUUAGUCAUUAAAGCACAGAAUGCAAGCAGUAACUUCAAAUGUCUUUGAAAAACUUGGAAGUGCAAGACAUUUAAUAAACUGCAAGUUGCCUUUUGUUUUUCAUGCACUCCUUACUGUAAUUAGUCUGUUAUGGUUCAGACCCAACAAAAUAAACAUUGAAUUUGGGUCUUUACAGCCACUUAAAGACAUUUAUACUUACAGAUGAGGACACAUUUAUUGGUACUCGUAAAGAUGUGCAAAAAGCCUUGAAAUAAUGCCUCCUUUAUUGUGGUGACAUAAUCUCACAGAUAUUACAACAAAAAAUCGAAUCUUUAUUUCAGCACAUUUAUUCUGCUAGGGGAAAAACAUUCAUGUUAGGAAAAAAUGUUUUUGAAUAGUGACAAUUAUCAUUAAUACUUUGUACAACCAUCUUUUGUCAAUAGAACACUUGUUCUUCUGUUACAUUUUACAAGGAUGGAGCAUACAGAGAGAGAUGUUCGAGAGUCCUCAUCCAGAAUCCUCUCUGCUGCUCUUCUCUUCAGCUCCCACUACAGGUUUCUCUAGGAUUUAGAUGAGGGGACUUGGAUGGCUGUUGAAGAAGGCCAAUUUUGUCUCUGCCAACCCAUUUGCUCUGUUGUGUCACAGUGAGCUCUAUAGACUUACCAUCCUGCUCACUGUGCAUCAUGGAAAAUUGGUUUAUCAUGCAGCCUUGCAGCUAGUGGUUAAAAGAAAUGGGCCUCUGUCACAUCAUGCUUAUAUUCAUGUUCCUGUUAGUGGACAUCUUGUCAGUCUCUUGGACUAUCAGGUGUGUACAGUAUCUAUAAAAACAGAUACUAACAGUCAUAAAUAACAAGUAUAAAACCCACAGAACAGUGAAAUAGAAAGAAAUUGUAGUUUUUCUUGUUGGUUGUCACCAUGUUUGCCUCCUAAGACCUCAGUGGAUAAAUAUUUUAUUGUACUUCUUUGUUCUUAACAUAUAAAGGUUUUAUUUUCAGAAUUUGUUCUGUGUGUAACUGUUUACAUAUUUGUUUUUUCAAUAAACCCCCCAAAACUAUCAAUAAACAUAAUGCGGUGGAAAUA